GUGAAUAGAGCAGUAGCACACAAUCUCAGUUUCAGAUAACAGUGCAAAAACAGUUUAUUAUUUAUUCAUGAAUUUUACUUAAACCCACAAUAAUAAGUAUUUUUUUUAAAGAGAUACUAUUUACAUGAGUACCUUAUAUAAACCCAUCGAGCUAAAAACACAAGACGUGUGUUGUUACUUUGUGCUAAAAUCUGUGAAUGAUUUCUGCUAACUGGAGCAUCAUGAAUAAUCAAGAUGAUUCCUCAAAGACUCUGGACUCUGAAUUUGAUCAUUAUCUUGUUGAUAUGAAGCCGUAUGUGAUGAAACUGCCACAUAAGACAGAGCGCCAGCUAUGUGCCCUGUGGAUUAAGAAGCUUUGUGACCCUGUAACCUAUGGCUCUGGACUGACUGGAAGGAAAAAUCGUAACAUGUAUGCCCGCCUUCUUCUGCACAUGCUCAGAACAGGGCUUUUGGAGGGUCCCUUUACCAACCAACCUGAACCUGGCAGCCUCAAGACUUUACCCACAUACAUGUCUAUCUACUUUGAUGAACCAUUGGUGAGAAAGUCACGGGAGUCGAGCUCUGCAGAGCUGCCGGACUGGGUGUGUGGUGAAUUGGGUCAAGCAGAUGCCACAUGGUUCACAUCACCACUCUCAAACGCACACAGGAAGAAGGAAUUGUUUUAUGAGAAGUCUCCGGCCAGACCCAUGGCCUCCAGUCCGCUCAAACACAUGGAGAAGAGCCAUAUUAAGAUGGCGGAGGAGACGCACAGUGGGCCGCACAUUUCUUCUGAUGAUAGUGACUUUGAGACCCGCUUCAACAGCUGGAACCUGGGGAUUGAAAACCCCAGGUACCUGCGUGAGAACCCCGUUCCUCUUUCUCCGAUUUACAACAAGUCCAGCAUAGUUUUUGAGGAGACUGGGCUGGUGAAAUCUGAUAAAGAGAUUGAGCUGCGAACCAAAGUUCUGGAGGCCAAACAUCAGGAAGAGAUGCUGAGGAUGCAACAGAAGCAUGAUGCAGAGAUUCAGAAGGUUUUGGACCGAAAGAAUAGUGAGAUUGAUGAGCUGAAGAGCUUGUAUCGGGGGAAGCAGAAGGAGGGGGAGGAGACCGUUCGAAGGUUGGAGAACAGAGUUCAAAGCCUGCUGAGGGAGUCCCAGGUCAUCCGGCAGACCAAAGAGAAACAGAUCAGCGAGCUGAAAAAAAUGUCUGAUCAAAGUGCUGAAUCUCUGAAAAACGAAUGGGAAAAAAAGUUGCAUGCAGCAGUGGCAGAGAUGGAGCAGGAGAAGUUUGAGCUGCAGAAAAAACACACACAAAACAUCCAGGAUCUGCUGGAGGACACAAACCAACGACUGGCCAAGAUGGAGCAGGAGUACAACGCUCAGACUCUGUCUACCGAGCAGAUGGUAAAGGAGUUGGAGACACGGGUCAAGCAGCUUUCUGCGGAGGUGGAGACCGGGAACUUGCUCCGGCAGAAGGUCACACAGGAGAAAGCUGAACUAGAGCUCCUUAUUGCCUCCAUUAGCUCAGAGCUGCAAGAGGCCAACCACAGGAACAUUUCCAUCCAGAAGGACAUUGAGAAGAUGAGAGACCAUCAUGCAGACACACUGCAGAACCUUGAGAAAAAACAUGCAGCUGACAUGAGUCACUUUCAACAGGAGCAUGCCAUAUCUUUAUCCAAGUCUUCAGAGGUAAUGGAGGAUUUGGAGCAGACUGUGGUUUCCCUCAAACAACAGAUACAGGAAGCUGAAAAGAAGAAUCAAAAACAGCUCAAGGACAAGGAAACUAAGAUGCAACAGGAGAUGGAAUACCUCCAACUCAGCACUGAUAAAAAGCUGAAGAUACUCCAGGCUGACCUGGAGAAAGAACGAGCCGAUAGCAGAAAGAAGAUCAACAGCAUGGAGGACUCACUCAGGGAUAAAGAAGAGCAGCUGGUCCGUCUUCGGGGCAGUCAGAGACAGCAGGCCCAGCAGACUGAGUCCGCUCUGGAGAACUUUAAGAGACAGGUGGAACUCAGUGCACAAAAGACCUACGCUGAUAUGAAACAACAGAUGGAGAUAGUGGAGGCAGAUCUGAUUCGCUCUAAAUCACUACGAGAGAAACAGUCCAGAGAAUUCAGCCACCAGUUUGAGGAACUUCAGAAAAGACACGAGCAACAGAUCGUGGAACUGAAACUGCAGCAUGAACAGGAGCGAACGCACCAACUCCAGACGCACAAUGCCGAAAAGGACAGCCUGGUCCAGGAUCACCAGCGGGAAAUCGACAGUCUGGAGAAGCAGGCGAGGGCCGCCAUGGUCCAGCAGGAAGCACAGACCCAAGAAUGGAGUAAGCGCAAUGCUCAGACCAUCUCUGAGCUCAAGGCCCAGGUGCAUUCACUAAGGAAUGAGCUGUUAGCAGCUCACAGUCAGAAGAAACAGCAGCUGAUGGAGUUAGGCCUGCUGAUGGAAGAGGAGCGUCAGCGGGCCGCUAAGGACCAGCAGAUGGCUUUAAAGCGGCUGCGAUCCGAGAUGGAUCAGGUGCGACUGGACCUGGAGAAGACCCACAAGGCCGAAAGAGAGCUGAUUCAAGAAAAGAGCAACAGCCAAAUGAAGCAUCUAGAGAAGGAAUACAAUCAUAGACUGGCCAAGUCUGCACAGGUUGUUGCUGAACUGCAGACAUCACUCAGCAGCACAAAGGAAGACAGUCGCAAAACGCAGCAGUUUCUGGAGAGAGAGUUAGAAGAAACCCAGAGACGCUGGGAUGAGGAGAGGAAACAGAUCAACAGAGAUGCUGACCAAAACAGCAAGGUUCUUCAGGAACGUGUGGAGACUCUACAGAAACACCUUCACAUCGCUGAGAAGAAGUUGAUGAGCCGAGAGCUUGAACAUCAGGAACAGAUGACACAUGUUCAUCAGGAGUGUGAGCAGAAGAUCAAAGGACUGAUGCCUGCUGAACUUAGACAGGAGCUGGAGGACACCAUUACCUCCCUUAAAUCUCAGGUCAACUUCCUCCAGAAGAGAGCCGCUGUUAUACAAGAGGAACUGGACACUUGCCGCAUCAGGAGUGAGCCUCUCAGAUACAUGAAGAGAUAAAAGAACCUUCAGGAGAACUUCACCCCAACCCCAUACCCUACUACUGGCAAAGGAGAUGAAACUCAUUAUUACACCACUGUUCACUUUCAUGGACAAAAAGGGAUUAGAGAGAGCACCAGACACUGUUUCUGUAUAUUGUUUGACUUUAAAGUCAUGCGCAAAAUGGGAUUAAAAACAUGAGAAAAAUGCUAAUAAAUAACGCCCUCACCCCACAGAAGACUAAACCAGCUUCAAAAACACUUGGAUACCUUUGUGUUUCCAUCAGUGUCCUACCGCAGCUAUCAGCUUAAAGGUCAUUCCAGGACCAAAUAAAAGUUUAUUUUCUUCAAAUGUCCGAUUUCUUACUGAAUCUUUUUAUGUGGCCGUAACAAUUCAAAUCAAUUUCAGUUCUGCUGACAAUGACCCUUACAUUACACUAACAGUUUCUUUAUUUUGGGGCAUCUAGUUUUCCACGUUUUGGUCGGUGAACACUUAAAGGAACAGUUUUAAUAAAAAAUGAAUGAUUUACUGAUAACUGAUUCCAAUCUUAAAUCUCUUAAAUCUUUCAUGGCUAUUUAAACAUGACACAUCAAGACAUGUCAUACUGGAUUUGCAGUCCAGUCCAAGUGGAAGUUUUACUGAAACCGUAAAAAGAUUCAGCGUUGUGUUCAAUACUGAGUAAAUGAUGACAGAAGUUUCAUUUUUGGUAAGCUGUUCCUUUAUUGAUAUUGUCCCAGAUUUGUUCAUGUUUCUUUGCCUAAGCCACAUUUAUGACUGUUGCUCUGCAUAUGUCAUACUGUUUGGUUUGAUUUAUUAUUAUUAUUAUUAUGUUUAUUAUUCGAGCAUGUGUCUAUCCCUUCACCUUCUGUCAUAUGCACAUACUCAUGUUGCAUAUACACAGAAUGGACAUUCACACGUUUCUCCUGAUGGUUGUCUGAGAUAACUGCCAUAAGCCUCCUACUUGCUUUCAUUUUCUAUUGUUCUCUCUAAAGUCUUUGCUCUGCUUGUGAUGAAGGGAUAAUGACUUCAAAGCAAACUGUUGAGAGUCUAACCCUGAGCUGAAAGAGCAGGCAGACAAUACAGUCAUUCAGAGCAUUUAGUGAUCACAGGCUGCACUGAGGACGAGCAGACCCACCCACUUUAACUCAAAUUGACAAUAUUAACAUACCACUUAUCCACAUACAAAAUAUAAUUUCCACUUAUUUGGAAAUUUUACAAAAUUGACUUUUUUGAAAAGUAAUUUUUGAGAUACUGUUACUAGUAGUUUGUUAUAAAUGUUCCCAUUAAACUGCUUAAAGGGGACAUAUCAUGAAAAUCUGUCUUUUUCCAUGUUUAAGUGCUAUUAUUGGAUCCCCAGUGCUUCUAUCAACCUAGAAAUGUGAAAAAGAUCAACCCAGUAACUUAAUUUUGGUAAGUCAUUCUCUGCAAGCAUGUGGAAAAAAAAGGUCAUUGAAAUUUGGCUCCCCUUGUGAUGUCAGAAGGGGAAAAACACAUCACUUAAAGGGACACUGUAAAAACGUACUUAGAUCUAACUCGAUAAAAUUAAGGCAACAUUUUCCAACUAAUUUUUGUAAGUUUAUUGAACUAAAUGAUAUUUUGAGUAAGGACAACUUAAUAAUAUGUAAAAAAAUAUUAAUUAGCAUUUUAAUAAAAAGCAAAUAAAUUAAGUACAACCAAUGUCAAAAAUAUCAGCAUAUUAUACACAGACUUAAUUAAAAUAGGUACAUUUUAAAUGAAAAAAUACAAGUUGUCCUCUGAUUUAUUAAUUAAUUGUAUUAUUAUUAUAUUAUUUAUGGUUUGUUGUUGUUAUUUUAAUCUAUGAGAUGAGGGCACAAAAUGUUUAUUCAAUUAACACACCCACUCAGUUUCAUUUGGGAAGCUUUAAAGCGCAACAUACUUACAAGCACCAGUCUUCUGAAGAAUGGUAACUACAAAACUCAAAAGAAGAAACAGAAACUCUUCCAUAUCUCGAAGAUAAAUGAACAUUAAACACUAAAAAGUCUUUCUUUUUGUUAAAAACACAUAAAAUAGAG